AUGGUAGAGAUCAGGGGGAUGCUCCAGCAACUCAUUAGGACAAAUGGUAAUAUGCAAGAAAAGUUGGUAGUACAUGAUUCAGCUAUAAAGAACAUCAAAACUCAGUUGGGGCAGUUGUCUAUGGCUUUAAACAACCGCCCCCAGGGAACAUUGCCAGCGGACACAAAUAUUAACCCCAAGGAGCAAAAUCCGAAUAAGCUGAUGGCAGGUCAAGAUGAAAAGGGUAAGGCUAAGGUAAAUGAACAAGCUGCAGAACAGGUGGUGCCUCUUGUGCCAAAGAACCCCAAUAGAGAGAAGCCAGCAAACAGUGCACAAAGGUUGAAUAUUCCUUUGAUGGAUGCCUUGAGGGAGAUGCCAGGUUAUGCGAAGAUGAUGAAAGACCUAAUGUCACAGAAGUUUGAUUUUCAGGACCUAUCCACAGUGACUCUGACGCAGACCUGCAGUGCAGUAGUGACCAAACCGAUGGCUCAAAAGAUGUCAGACCCAGGUAGCUUCACUAUUCCAUGCAUGAUUGGGAGUUAUGCCUUUGCAAAGCUGGCUGACCGCACGGUAAAAAGGCCUACUGGGAUUCUUGAUGAUGUGUUGGUGCAAGUGCGGAAGUUCGUGUUCCCGACAGACUUUGUUAUUCUGGACUGUCAGGUAGAUGAGGAGAUACCUAUCAUUUUAGGUAGGCCAUUAUUGGCCACUGGAAGAGCACCGAUCGAUUGUGAGACUAGGGAAUUAAAAAUGAGACUGAACGAUGAAGAAGUCAUAUUCAAUGUUCAGCAAUCUAUGAGGAGACCCGGUGAAUAUGCUAAUUGCUCUCUAGUAGAGGCAGUGGAUGUGAUCCUGCAAGAAGAUGAUGUGACCCUGACUGCUAAAGAUAGCAUGUCUGACAAAUUUAGAAGAGAUGGACGGUGA